UUCUAGAGCAUGCUUUUCCCUACAGAAGACACAUGCGACUAUGUCCCCUUCUUUUUGGCCUGUUUGAAGGACUAUCCGUCAACUUACUUCCUGGUGCUUUUUUGUUUGUUCAUUAAUUAGUUAGAUAGUUGGGUUGUUAUUAACUCGGCAUUAUUGCUAACUAGCAAAAAAACAAACAUCGAUAGUUGUAUUGGCUCAUCCGGGCAGCAGAGUAGUAACGUCGAGAUGAGGAGUGGAGCCUACAAGUUUCUGUCCGUUUUUUCUUGUCUCAUUGUUUGCGGAUUUAUGUUCAUGUUUUGGUUUUUCGUUUUUUACUCCAUGGUACUUGCGCCAUAAUUUACAACUGGAAUUUAUUAUUAUUAUUUUUUACAGUUAGCUAGUUUUUUUUAGCAGACAGCUAGCUAAAUUCGCUAACGUUAAGAUUUACCAAGUCGACAUUGCCCCCCCCCCACAAAGCAACGUACACUGACAAGUUGUAGCCAGUAAAAAGAUUUGAGUCCGAAUUUACUUGGCUACAUAACAAUCAACAGAAAGAGACAAAUGUAGCAACUGAACGGCUAAUUUGGGUUAGCGAACGGCUAACCAUCUAGCUAGCUAACGGCUAAGUGGGGUAUUUGGGUUAGCGAACGGCUAACCAUCUAGUUAGCUAAGGGGUAACUGGUGUAUUUGGGUUAGCGAACGGCUAACUAACAGCUAACCAUCUAGUUAGCUAACGUCUAACUGAUGUAUUUGGGUUAGCUAACGGCUAACUGGUGUAUUUGGGUUAACGAACGGCUAACCAGCUAGUUAGCGAACGGCUACAUAUAGCAACAACAUUGUGCACGUACCAUAGUGCAUUGCGGCAACGACAGAUCACAUGAUCUGAAUAAGGAAGCGAGGUGUAUUUGGGAUUGUAUCUGAGCACCAAGGAACAGGAUCGGUGAUAGAGAUGGCUUCUGUGCCCGUAGACAAAGACAGUGCAGAUCACAAGCUGCAGUUUGCUCCCUUCUCCAGUGCCUUAGAGGCAGGCUUCUGGCACCAGCUCACUCAGAAGAAACUCAAUGAUUACCGACUGGAUGAAAGCCCCAAGAAUAUCAAAGGCUACUACUACAAUGGCGAUCCGGUCGGCCUCCCCACUCGCCUGACUUUGGAGUUUAGUGCAUUUGAGGCGGAUGGCCCCAGCCCAGCCCGCUGCUGUCCCGUCACAGGGACCCUGUACAACACCAACACACUAGAGGCCUUUAAGACCUCAGACAAAAAAGCACUGCUGGAACAACAGGCCACGGAGAUUUGGGAGUCCAUACAGUCCGGUGAUGCUCUCAAGGACCCAUCCCUCCUCUGCAAAUUCCUUUUGCUGACUUAUGCAGACCUGAAGAAGUACCACUUCUACUACUGGUUCUGUUUCCCAGCUCUCUGUUUCUCUGAGGGAAUUAAGAUCCUCAAGGAGCCGGCUACGUUAGAUCAAGUCUUCUCUUCUAAACAGACCUCAGCCUUACAGGCAGCCUAUGACAGUCUGUGCGGUGAAACAGGGACCUCAGCUGUUCCUUACUUCCUGAUCAAGUACACAGGGGAUACUGUCCAGGUGGCCCAGCUACGAGACUGGGACAGCUUCAACACUGAUCUCAACAAGGUAACCGUGGGUGUGUAUGACCCCUGCACUCUGCCCCAGCAUCCUGGAUGGCCUCUGAGGAAUCUGCUGUUUCUCCUAGCCAGCAAAUGGGGCUCCCAACUAGAUGUGGUGGAGGUGAUGUGUUUCAGAGACCGGACUCUUCAGGGCAGUAGGAACAUUCAGCACAGCAUCGUGUUCCAGGUCAAACUACCGAUCCCUGAGCAGUCUGUCAAUGCAGCGUGUCCAAAGAAUGUAGGAUGGGAGAAGAACCCUAAAGGAGCCAUGGGACCCCGGAUGGUCAACCUCAGUGAAUGUAUGGACCCAAAGAGACUCGCAGAGUCCUCGGUGGAUCUCAACCUGAAGUUGAUGCGCUGGAGGCUGGUACCUUCUCUGAAUCUGGACAAAGUGACUUCAACUAAGUGUCUGCUGCUGGGAGCUGGUACACUGGGCUGCAACGUAGCCAGGACUCUAAUGGGCUGGGGAGUGAGACACAUCACGUUUGUGGACAACUCUAAGAUCUCUUACUCCAACCCAGUCAGACAACCGCUGUAUGAGUUUGAAGACUGUCUGGGAGGAGGCAAGUCCAAGGCCCUCGCUGCCGUCGACAGACUGGGCAAGAUCUUCCCUGGAGUGAAUGCAGAGGGACACGUGAUGAGCAUCCCUAUGCCAGGCCACCCGGUCAACUUCUCUGAGGCGACCAUGUCUCAGGCCCGGCAGGACGUUGAACACCUGGAGAAACUGAUCUCGGAGCACGACGUCGUCUUCCUGUUGAUGGACACCAGGGAGAGUCGAUGGCUGCCGACUGUUAUAGCUGCCAGCAAUAGGAAGUUGGUAGUGACUGCCCUGGGCUUUGACACCUUCGUGGUGAUGAGACACGGUCUGAAGAAACCUAAACCCUGUGGACCAGGAGACUCCUCCGACCCUUCCUCUUCCUCCUCCGCCUCAUCCUCUUCCUCCACGCCGGCCGAGCCCGCCCAGCUCCCAGCAGCCUCUCUGUUCUCCAACAUCCCCGGACACCGCCUCGGAUGCUUCUGUAACGACGUUGUCGCCCCCGGAGACUCCACCAGAGACCGGACCCUGGACCAGCAGUGUACAGUGAGUCGUCCAGGCCUGGCCAUGAUAGCAGGAGCCCUGGCUGUGGAACUCAUGGUGUCCAUACUACAGCAUACUGAAGGAGGUUAUGCGGUGGCCAGCAGUAGUGAUGACAGGAUGAAUGAACCUCCAACCUCCCUGGGUCUCGUCCCUCAUCAGAUCAGAGGGUUUCUGUCCAGAUUUGACAACGUUCUACCGGCCAGUCUGGCGUUCGACAAAUGCACUGCCUGCUCACAAAUCGUCCUGGACAGCUAUGAGAAGGAUGGUUUCAACUUCCUGUCCAAGGUGUUUAACUCCUCCCACUCCUUCCUGGAGGACCUGACUGGUUUGACUCAGCUACACCAGGAGACACAGAACGCAGAGAUUUGGGACAUGAGUGAUGAUGAGAGCAUCUGAGAGGGAGGACGGAACC